AUGGCAAUUCCCAAGACUGAAAAUCCCCUGCGUUUCGGCAUCCUGGGGGCCGCCCGCAUAGGGCCUGACGCGCUCAUCUCGCCCGCGAAGAGCCACGCCGACGUCGUCGUCGCUGCCGUCGCCGCCCGCAGCGCCGACAAGGCGAAGAAGUACGCCAAGACACACGGUAUCGCGAAGACGUUCAGCGGGGCGGAGGCCUACCAGCAACUUCUCGACGACCCGGACAUCGACGCGGUGUACAUUGCUCUCCCGAAUGCCCUACAUUUCGAGUGGGCUAUCCGUACGCUCAACGCCGGCAAGCAUGCCCUCAUCGAAAAGCCCAUUGCAGACACCGCAGAGGAGGCGCGCCAGAUCCUCGACCUGGCAGAGCGGAAGGGCUUGGUUGCCCUCGAGGCCAUCCACUUCACGUUCCAUCCCGCGACGCAGCGCGUCAAGGCCAUCAUUGACAGCGGGGAGCUGGGCAAGGUCAAGAGCAUCGUCGGCGAAUUCGCCAUCCCGAGCAUCCUCUCGUCCAUGUUCUUCAUGAAAGACGACAUCCGCUACCAAUACGACCUCGGCGGCGGCUGCACGAUGGACAUGGGCGUAUACCCCCUCGCCGCCAUCCGCUUCCUCACCGGCACCGAGUCCGACCCGCCCGAAGUCACCCGCGCCAAGGCGCUCGGCAACCCCGACAAGACGCGCAUCGACCGCGGCAUGCAGACGACCUACAGCCUCCCCGCGUCCGUCUCGGGCGAGACGUACGUCGACUUCGCCAUGCCCGGGUGGGGCCCGUUCGGGCUGCUCCCGCGCAUGCCGAAGCUGAGCGUGCGCGUCGCGCUCGAGGGCGGCGACAUCGAGUUCUUCAACUAUCCCCUCGCGGGGGCGUACCACUGGAUCAAGGUCAAGCCGCGCAAGGGCGCGGCGCGCACGGAGAAGGCGUACAAGCACCCGGAUGGGAAGGGCGAGACGUCGUGGACUACGUACCGGUACCAGCUGGAGGCAUUCGUGGACAAGGUGCGCGAGCGCACGCCGCAGUACUGGACGGACCCGAAGACGACGAUCACGCAGCUCGAGGCGGUCGGCCGAAUCUACGCCGCGGCCGGGCUUCCUCCGCGCAUCCAGUCGUCGUAUGUUCCUCCCGCGGAGACGGAGGAGGCGGAGGUGGAAGCUUGA